CCUAGCCCUUCACAUUCACAUUUCUCGUCCCUUCAUUUCCCUUUCCUUCCCAUUUCUCGCUCUUCUUUCAAUACCUGUAGGAGUAGAUCCCAUGCAAUCCCUAAACAACUAAUCAUCUGGCUAGGGUUUCCUAAAAUUCUCCAUAUCAGAUUCUGUCAAUACCAUGGUGACUGUGAUUUCUCCUGGAAAUCACCAAUCAAUUAUUCCAAAUUCAUCUCUCCUUCUGUUCUCCCUCUCGUCUUCCCUGCAUAACUUUCAGUCUUUGUCUAUCAAUUCUGCCAAUUUCUUAAGUUUUCCGUUUUGUUGGUGUCAAUGAUUUCGUUGUUCAUCUGUUGAUACGCAAUUUAUGUAAACAUUUACGCAUAUCUAUAUCUAUAUCUAUUUCAUACUUCCAAUUAGGGCUUUUCGGUGUGCAAUUUGUGUGGCGUUGUGAUUUGGUUUGUUGUUUGAUUAUUGAGGAUAUUAUGAUUAUUGAAGAAUUGAAGGGUGGUGAGGAGGAGAGAGGGGAGGAGAUAUCGUGCGUGGAAUUAGCUAAUAACAGCAAUAGCGAAGGCGUUGUUUCGUGGGACGCGAAGAGGGUUUUCAUCGGAGCAGGGGCACGGGCUUUGUUUUAUCCGACUUUACUUUACAAUGUUGUUAGGAACAAAAUUCAGGCUGAGUUCCGCUGGUGGGAUAGGAUCGAUCAGUUUAUAUUGUUAGGUGCUGUUCCAUUCCCUACAGAUGUUCCGUGCCUAAAGGAGCUUGGUGUUCAUGGAGUGAUCACGUUGAAUGAGCCAUAUGAGACCUUGGUUCCAACAUCUCUAUAUCAUGCACAUGGCAUUGAUCAUCUGGUCAUUCCUACAAGAGACUACUGCUUUGCACCAUCCCUAAGUGAUAUUUGCCUAGCUGUCGAUUUUAUUCAUGAGAAUGUACUGCAAGGAUGGACUACAUAUGUUCAUUGUAAGGCUGGUAGGGGGCGCAGUACAACCAUUGUUAUAUGUUACUUGGUGCAGCACAAGCAGAUGACACCUGAUGCUGCAUAUGAUUAUGUCAGGUCAAUCAGGCCAAGGGUGCUUCUAGCAUCUGCUCAGCGGCAGGCUGUUCAGGAAUACUAUAACCUUAAGGUGAUAAAUUGUGCUUACAGCAGCACAACUGAUCUCAUCUUGAAAACCCCAAGGCCAGCAGCGUCACAGGAUAUUGUGGCUUUUGAUGAUGGUUCUGUAGUUGUCGUUACAGCUUCAGAUCUUGACGGGUAUGACCCUGCUCAUGAAUCAGAUGCUGUGAGAAGAGAGAUAUGGACAGAUCUAAAUGUGGUCUAUCGAGUUCGGGUUGCUGGUCAGGCAGCAUUGGCAAGGAUAUCCUGUUUGUGGUUCCGCUGCCAGACUCACCAAAAGAUUUUGGGAAAGCAAUUAAGUACAAAGAAUAGCUGCUGUUCAAUCGAGGCCAAUCAUUUGGGAGGUAUUAGUGUAGACAUCCAUGUUUAUUGAGAGGCUUCUGAAAUUGCAUGCAAGUGGUCUGCUACGUAUCUAAUUUUCAUAUCCGUAUAUAAAUGACGAAUAAUGUGUGAUUAUAUGGUGCUUAA